AUGGUUUCCGUCGUCGAGAAUGGAGUGUCAGAACAGAUCCAGAGAGCCUUGGACGCGCUCCGGGCCGGCCAGUGCGUCGCCAUUCUUGACGACGAGAGUCGCGAGGCUGAGACGGAUCUGUUCUUCCCCGCAUCCUCUGUACAACCCGCGGACUUGCGACGCCUGCGCAUCGACGCUGGCGGCGAAUUGUACAUAGCAGUGGGCCACGAAGUCGCCGAGACGUUCGGGAUCCCCUACAUUUCGAACGCGUUAGAAGCCGCCGCCGAUCCAAAAGCCUCACCCUCAAAUACCGGAUCUGCGAACUGCAAUGGCGUGGGCGACAAAGCGGCGAAGGGGUUUCCUGUGCUGAAAUAUCUAGGCAAGGGGGUGGACGGCAUGUGCCAAGGCUCCUGUUCCGUCGGGCUGUCUCUAGAUCACCGCUCCACGGACACGGGCGCUCCGGACUCAGAGCGCAGUCUCACGUGUCGGCGACUGGCGCUGCUGUGGGAGGAGAUCCGCGCGGAGCGCGCGAAUUCUUCCGGAGAAGCGGGGAAAAGUGAAGCUGAGGGGCAAGCGGAGCAGGAGGACGCAAUGCGGCGGCUGGGAAAGGAGUUCCACACGCCAGGGCACAUCUUCCUGUGCAUCGAAAACCCGGAGGGCCUCCGCAGAAGGCGCGGGCACACGGAGCUCUCGGUGGCUCUGGCGAAACUCGCGGGGAUCACGCCCGUCAUGGUUGGCUGUGUCAUGCUGAGCAACAGCGGUGAUGACUAUGGGGCCCUCCCUGCUGCUUCAGCCCGCCAAUGGGCUGCUGCCAACUCAGUUCCUUCCAUGGCGGCCACAGCGAUGGCUGGUCUGCAUUCGACCGCCUCGCUCUCUCUCCCGCGCCACCACGGCUUGCGCUCUGCGUCGUCUCCGUCAGGAAGCGCAAAGCUACAGCUAUUCGCGCGCCCGUCAUGCCGCGCUCUGCGCGGAAUCCGGGCCUCCGCGGAGGCUCAGUUCCCGCAGGGAAGCAGCGGGAGUAGACAAACAGAGGAGUCGGCCACCGCGGAGGUCUCAGAAACGUCAUGCACGCGGCGAUCCGCGCUUCUCGCAGGUUUGGUUGCGACAGCGUGCGGGGAAGCCGCGGCUCAGCUGCUCGCUUCCCCGCCUUCUGCAGCAGCAGCAGAAGCAGAAGCAGCCAUUGCCGUUAAUUCCCAAACCGGAGUUUUUUCCAAGCAGCCUGACGUGAUCAAUGCAUGCGUUUACGAGUACCCGUUAAAGAUUGCGGGUCCCGUCGGUGACAUUGUUUGGAUCGAGACGCGCAAGCCAGAGCGCUACUCUUCCGCCGCGCCGCUCUCUCCGGACGCGCGCCUGCGCAUCGUGUCGGAGCGCCUCGUCCCACUUCGCUCCCUCGUCAUCAGCGUCUCCGUCUCCCCGCCGAAUGCGGCGUUCCUCCCGUCGCCGCCGCCGCCGCCGGCGGCGGAUCUCGAGACCGCCAAGGCCUCUGGCUGGACGGCCGUGAAUGUCGCUCGGUCAGUCCUCGCCGAUCGCACGUCCCCGCGCAUGACGUCGAUCCAACGGCUACAGGAAACGAUCCUCGGCGACGUGUACGAGGAGCUCCGCACCGCGGAAGGCGCCUCGGAGCCUCUUAAGUACUACCUCUUCGAGUACGUGAACCAGAAGUCGCCGACUAUGCUGACGGGGCGCGAGAAGGACGUUUUCCGUCGGUCGCUAGCGGUGGCGGCGGAGCGCGAGGGGUACAUUUACUGCCUGACGGUGUCCACGGUGGAUUCGGAGUGGCCGCAGCUGGAGGAAGCUUUAAGGACGACUAUUGAUUCGUUUAGACUGACGGCUCCCACGGGAGAUUACGUGCCGCCGUGGAAGGACCCCUGGUGGUUCUGGUAA